UUGUUUUCUUCCCUGUACAGUUCUAUAGUGGUAUAUAAACUUCAGUCUUCGUUCGACUUUCAAUAAGUUAUCAUAUGUCGACAAUGCUCCGUGUGGCCUUGGUUUGUCUUUUAGCGUCAGCAGUGUACGGCGCCUGCCCUGCAGACUGGACCAGCAUAGACAGCCAUUGUUAUAUGAUCAGCCACGCCAAACUCUCCUGGCCGGAAGCAGCAGAAAUGUGUGAGGCACUGAAAGGAACUCUGGCGACGUUCGAAAACAGAGCAGAUAUCAGUUCCAUUGCUUUCCAACUUCAUGGAGACAUACGUGAUGAGAAGAUCUGGGUCGACGGAACUGACGCAGCGCGCGAAGGACACUGGAUCUGGGCCUCCAACGGACAUGACGUCAUUUCCUCCUUCUCCGGCCGCGUCUCCAAUAACGAUAAAGAUAAGAACUGCCUCAGCAUGGAUUCUGACCACCACUUCCAGUGGUACGCAGAAAGCUGCCAUUCCGAGAAUUAUUACAUCUGCGAGAUGCUAAAUGUUGUAACCAGUGGUUCCCCCAGCAUUGUAGGAUAGCCAUAAUGCACCCAAUAGCCAUUGUCAGAGAGGUGUAUAAAUAAGAAUGUAUAAUAAUGGAUGUAUAAUAUAUCAGCAAUAAAAAUAUGUAUAUGGAAAUUUCAGUU